AUGUUUCAAUCUUUCACAGGAAACUCUCGUCGGCCGCGACAGGUGAACCUCAGUGGCCGGGCCAAUAAUCCAUUCGCUGCAUUCCCCGGAAACUCGCCUACUCGAAAACCCCCCAUGCCGCGAACCCCGAGAGCGCAGUCGCCAUUGCUCAGCGAGAACGAGCACUCAGACAGCUCGAGAGAGAUCGACAAACCGCAUGCCGCACCGUCCAGCGAGUUUGGCGGGUGGGAGAGAGUCUGCAGCGCUUUGGGACUCGACAAUAAAACGCGCCCAACGACGGAUGUUGAGCGACUGGAGUACCUGUCACGUCUUUCCGCACCACCAUAUCCUACAGCGGAGCAAUGUCUGGGCCAGCUCAGGAUUUUGGUCCAGUUUGUGGGAUCGGUAAAGAGCCAGGAAGAUGUCUUACGCCUGGUAUACUUCUGCCAAGUGCUUCAGCAGACCUUCCAUGCUCUUCCGACGAUUGCCACAGAAGGUGAAUGGACCGAGCUAUUGAAAAGACUGGCUAUCGCUAUUUUCCGUGCCCUCAGCUCGGCCACGCAAACCCCGACUCACGGAGCGGCAGUUUUGCCCCUGCUCCGGACAAUGGUCUUCUUGGUCGACUUGAUACCGAAAAGGAUGGCAACGAUUGCGGAGCAAUACUAUCAAGCGAUGGCAUACUUGACAAAGAACAUCGCGCUGUUGGGAGACCUGUCACCGGAACAUCUGACGGGCGCUGUUUUGGCUCUUCUUCGACCGAUUACCUCGGAAACCAUGACUGCAUAUGAAGCUCUUGCCAUGUCAUAUCUCACCAUUCCAAACCUGGCCGCAUUUCUUGGUGGACUUGAGGGGAUGGCACAUCAAAUCAACUAUAAACUAUUGGCUCCCGCAAUCGAAUCAUGCAUUGCUUCAGCUAAGGGACGCCCAUCCGUCGAGGAUAUCGAAGCUCGACAUUGGCUGCUUGCAUACUUGAUCUUCUUUCACCGAUAUGCUUCUCCGGGCCAAGCUAGUUUGCAAACACCCGACCUAGGAUUCUUAAAUGUGGUCUCUGAAUUACUGAAUUCAACAUCCGCAUACCUCACACGGUGCUUCGAGGUGGAUGAAUCGAACGAUCCGGGUACAAUCAGUGGUCCUUCAUUGCAUCCAUUUGUCAAGGAGCAAGUCAGUAGCCUCGUUAACCAAAGCAGCAUCACGGGUUUACUUUCUCGCAUCAACACACCCAACCUUUCUCAGACAGACCCAUCCGAUAGAGUAUCAGAGGCAUCGAGAGAAGCCAAAAUACUCGCCAAAUAUGCUUUAAACUUGUUGAGGGUGUUCCCUCGGCGCGGAGACGACAUUCGAAUGUGGUUAUACCUGGGCUCAGCGCCUUCGGCGGUCUCUGGCCAACCCGGCACGAAGAUACCGGCGAUCAAAUACUUCUGGCAGGCAUCUAGAUCCAGUCGGGUCUUCCAAUCCAUUAGCAAAGACUCGACUAGGGUUCUUCCAUUACUGCAAGAACCGGAGGAUGGGAGUCGAUACGAACAAGACCAGGACUGGACGAUCAUUCUCCUCUUUCUCGAGCUUUACACGUUCGUUCUGAAAGUCAUGGACGACGAAGAGUUCUUCUCAGGUGCGUCGCCAUUUGCAGCCUCAGCCAAUGUCCAGUCUUCGUGGACAAAAGAGAGUGCGCUGCCUCUGGAAGACAUCAAAAGCAUGACUAUUUUCCUCAAGAAUCUCGCAUUCACUCUUUACUGGAAUGUUGCCGAUUUGACGAAGAAAGGGCCCGUUCCGUCAUCCACUGUGGAUCUCAGAAGCUAUUUCAAUCACUCAACGCAAUUACCUGGACUGAAUGAGUAUUCCGAAGCGGGUGCUAGGGAGGGGGAUGGAUCUAAUGACCUUCCCGGAGUGACAGGCAUCCCGCUUGACUAUUUCAAAGGGUUGGUUACUGGCUUAUUGAGAAUGCUGCACGAGAGAGAUUCUCGGCGAAAGUUCCUCCCUCAAGAUCACUGGCUCAUGACGGAUCGUUUUGACAUGGAAGGCUUUAUUCCAGCUGUCGUGGCAGAAGAAGAGAAACGGCAUGAAUUCCAAGAUGAUGAUGAGGAUGGCGAGCCUGAUCUGCUCGACGAUGAAGAUCAGGAACCCUCUCACCUUAUUGGUAACAGCCAUGCACGACGAUUGAUCAACAUUCAGGCUAUGCGAGAGCGUCAACGCAGACAAGCCCACAAGCAUGCUUUAGCUGCCAUUGCUCCUAGGUUGGAAAUUCUUCGAAAUAUGCCUUUCUUCAUCCCAUUUGCCACGAGAGUGCAAAUCUUCCGUCAAUUCAUACUUAGAGAUCAACAACGUCGCCGUAAAGGCUUCGUCGACCCCGAAUCCUGGCGCUUGUCUGUGGCCCAAACUUCCAUGCUGACUGGAGCAUCUGAGAGUGCAGCAAAUAUCUUGGCCCGACACCACGCUGACAUUCGCCGGGAAAGCGUGUUCGAAGAUGCAUACUCUCAAUUUUACAGCUUGGGUGACGGUCUCAAGGAGCCAAUCCAGAUCAGCUUUAUUGACCAGUUUGGAGCAAUGGAAGCCGGAAUUGAUGGCGGCGGUGUGACAAAGGAGUUUCUGACCAGCAUCACGGCAGAAGCAUUCAGAACGGAUGAUCACGAGAGCAUGUUUGCAGAAAAUGACCACCAUCUGCUGUAUCCAAGCCCGACAGCGGUUGACCAGCUCAAAGCGGUACUCAGCGAGGCAGGCCUCACAAGUUCAAGUAUUGAAUGGCAGGAUGACGUGCGUGGUCUUCUUCGACGCUAUGAAUUCCUCGGUCGAGUCAUUGGAAAGUGUCUCUAUGAGGGAAUAUUGGUCGAUGUCAACUUUGCACCAUUUUUCCUUCUGAAAUGGGCCUUAACAGGAGGCUCCAGAUCUGCGGUGAAGGAAUCCUCUUAUCGCGCGAACUUGAACGAUCUGAAAGAUCUCGACGAGGGGUUGUACCAAGGUUUGUUACAACUGAAGAAUUACCCCGGCAAUGUGGAAGACUUUGGCCUCGACUUCACCGUCAAUAAUAUCAUUCGGAUGCCCAGUGGAACCAACCGCACUGUCACAGCAGAGCUGAAGCCAAACGGCUCGCAGACCCCAGUGACGAACAAGAACAGAUUGGUCUACAUUUCCUACAUGGCUCGUUACCGCCUGCAGGUGCAACCUGCUCUUCAGACCAAUGCUUUCUUGCAAGGUCUGGGUCAGAUCAUUCAACCCGCCUGGUUGUCUAUGUUCAAUCAAUCCGAGUUGCAAACAUUGGUGAGCGGAGACAAGGCCGACAUUGAUGUGGAGGACCUGCGUCGCAACACUCAGUAUGGAGGUGUAUACGUGAUAGGUGAUGAUAAUCUGGAGCACCCAACUAUUGCAUUGUUCUGGCAAGUCAUGCAUGAGAUGACCAACGAAGAGCGGCAAAAAGUUAUCCGAUUUGUGACGUCUACUCCUCGAGCUCCAUUGCUCGGUUUCAGUCACCUUCGACCCCAUUUCAGCAUCAGAGACUCCAGCGAGGACCAGGAACGACUUCCGAGCACCAGCACCUGUGUCAACCUUCUCAAACUACCACGGUACUCUGACGCGGAGACAUUGCGGAGCAAGCUCUUGUACGCAGUGAGCUCUGGUGCCGGAUUUGACUUGAGUUGA